AUGGACAGGAUACCGCUGCGUAGUAAUGCUGGUCAUGCUGCGCAUCCUCAACUCAUUCCUCGUGACUUCCUCGGAUCCAAGACGGCUUCUUCACGAUCGCCCACCCUGCCGACGUUUCCCACCGCGCGGCCGGAUGCGCAGCAAGUCCGAAAGGAGGCGGACGUUCAGCAGGCACGAGCACCAAUGGCUGCCCCUACAAACAGCGGAAGGCAAUCGACGGGCAAGACCACAAGAGGCGCGCCAGAGGAUAUCAACGUCUCCAAGACAAGGUCCGGGGAGCCUCCUGACACUGACGGCACCACGUCUUCGAUCACAGACCAGUCUGCUUCGCAACUUGCAGCAGCGAACAUGCCCAGAACCUCGUCAAUCGACUCAGCAAUCUCUUCGCUGUCGAACAAUGCCGCUGCGCAGAAACUGAACGACGCAAAGGAGCCGUCUAUAGCAGAGAUCAGGAACCUCAUAGCGACAGCAGGGUCUGCAGAAAAUCUUGUACAGCACUUGCUGCGGGAUAAGGCCAACGCAGCCUCACAAAAUGCUCAGCUGUGGAAACUGGUUGAUAAGCAGCGAACAUUGCUCCUAGGCCUCAACAAGGAUCUCGAACGCGUCAGCAAAGAAAGAGAUCGGUAUCGCAAGAAAGCAAAAGAGCUGACAGUGGUACAAAAUACCCAACCCAUCGAUCGACAUGUCUCUCAGAGUCACUCGCCGCCAAGGACACCUCCAUCUGAUGAGCUGCCUAUUCAAAUGACCGAGCCCAGUGAAGCACAAGAUAACCGAUCUCAAUCAGCUUCUUCAAGAGGCCCGCGUUCGCCGACCGAAGUGGGCAUGAUGCCUUCGCCGUUGCACACAAAUAUAGCACAACAUGCUACUUCACGAGGGCCUGGUACUCAACGGACACUGAGCAAACCACAAGCGCCCGCACUUGCGACUGAUCUAGCGGUACCACAAUUUUCUGUAACCGAUGCCACGCCCAUCACAGCAAGUCCCGUGUCGUUUUCGGCUAAGCGGCAGAUAGCCCCGAAGCCUCUCGACUUGCGCAGUUCAAAAGAGGAUACUGCCAUUGCGGCGUUGGCUGCCGAGCAAGCAGUCUCGGACUCAGAGUCGAACGAGCCACACAACCAUGAGAGAGGUCGCAGGAAGACAAGGGAACAAGACGAUCGGGACAGAGAACUGAUGGCAAUGCAGCAGCUGCAGCAAGAAGAUGCGCGUGAUCGGUCAACGAAGGACAAGCGCCCUGCUCUGUCAUCAAGUAAUUCAGCGUCAACAUUACUCCCUGCUGCAGACUUCACAACGUUGCCCAGGGCAGCCGAACGCGAUUCAGAAGAUUCUGUUGGUCCACCACAAAUCCUCGUCGUCAACGAGGGUAACAUGCUGUCACCUCCAUUGCGAAGUCCUGGUCUUCCGGCGAGUCCUCGGCCGAUGCAAGGUGAACGGCUCGCUUCACCUGAGGCACAAUCGUCCCUCAAUUCACUACCGAUGUCACCACGGAAUGGCGGGUUCCCGCUGUCGCCGCGCGCGCCGAAGGCUGCUAUUCCGAUGCCAGCAGGGACACAAAUUGUGAUAUCAGAGCCACCAGCUGCCAGCGCGACUACUCCACAACGCACAGAAUCGCUGAACGCGGCUGUAAGCGGGCCACAUCUUACAGUGUCUGGUGAUGUCCACUCAGUCAAUCGUAGUCUGAUUGAUCCACAAUUUCCGGAUCUGCUUCUUCCGCCAAACGCUCUGCCAUCCAUUCAAAUACGAGUCGCCUCUUCGCGUCUUAAGCCAUCUCGAUUCUCUAUGUUGGGCCUGAAGCCACAAGAGGAUACAUCAGUGUUCACAUUGGCCAUUAUUUCUAGGUCGAACAGCAGGGAGUUGUGGCGAAUUGAAAAAGUACCUGGAGCAAUGCCUCAUCUGGAUCAGCAAAUUCGGCCCAGGUGCCCUGAAGCUCCCAAGCUACCCGAUCGUAAGCUGUUUGCUGGCCACUCGCCUGCGACUCUGGAUGCGCGCCGAUCUGCAAUUGAUCAAUACUUCGACGAGCUCUUAGAUACGCACAUUGAUGAGCAAUCGGCCAUCAUCAUAUGCAGGUUUCUGUCGAGUGAUGUUCUAGACUCUACUGCAGAGCCUCCAACCAGCAGCAAAGCUCAAGAAAGCUUAGUCAAGGCAUCGCCUGGUGGGCAUAGACGAGACGGCUACCUGACCAAGAAAGGCAAGAAUUUUGGUGGGUGGAAGUCUAGAUACUUCGUCCUCGAUAGCACGGAUUUCCGUUACUUCGAGGCUCCUGGCGGCGCACAUCUGGGCACCAUAAAGCUACUGAACGCUCGCAUCGGGCGGCAGACAUCAAAUGAUGCUACCAGUCCCGAAGAUCCAGAGAGUGAGGGUCAGUAUCGACAUGCCUUCCUCAUUCUGGAACCCAAGCGCAAAGAUUCGAACAGCUACGUUAGGCAUGUGCUGUGCGCCGAAAAUGACACCGAGCGAGAUGAGUGGGUCGCAUCACUGUUACACUACAUUGAAGACCCUUCGAGGCCUGCGACUUCUGGUGGCGACGCAAGUGCAAACCCUCGUGCACUUCUACGCAAUGCUGGACAUCCCGAUGCACACUCUGACAGCAACAAGGCCAGCAGCCCCACGCUAGGUCCUGCAAACAGCGGCAGUGAUUCACCAACGAGCAGCGUAACUCCGCCACUGGACUCGGGCGUCUACGACAACCAUGGACGUUCAGCUCCAGGCGCAACUUUGGGCAUUCCUGGCAACCCGCGAUCCGGCAAUCGCCAAAGCGCGAUGGGACAACCGCAAUCGAAGAUCCGAAAUUUCUUCCGGAAGUCAUCACACGAGCCACUUAACGAGCAGCGAAGUCCAUAUCCUCCACCGUCAGCCAAAGCACGCGGUGGCUAUGUUCGUCCAGUGUUCGGAUUGAGUCUCGUCGAAGCGGUCGAGUACUGUCCGCCAGAGGACGUCGACGUUCAGCUGCCAGCCGUGGUAUAUCGCUGUAUUGAGUACUUACGUGGCAAGAAGGCUGCCAACGAAGAAGGACUAUUCCGAUUGAGUGGCUCAAACAUUGUGAUCCGGAACCUCAAGGAGCGCUUCAACACGGAAGGGGAUGUCGAUUUGCUGGGCGAUGAGGAGUGCUACGAUGUUCACGCCGUCGCUUCUUUGUUCAAGUCUUACCUACGCGAGUUGCCAGCAACGAUAUUGACUCGUGACCUACAUCCUCAAUUCCUAAAGGUUCUGGAGCUUACGUCCAAACAGGAGAAGAUUUCUGCCUUUAACGUUUUGGUUCAUCGUCUUCCAGGCGUCAACUUUGUGCUGUUACGAGCACUGUCCGAGUAUCUGCUUGAGGUUGUGCAGAACCAGGAUCGCAACAAGAUGACCGUGAAGAACGUCGGCAUCGUAUUUGCCCCAACUUUGAAUAUUCCAGCACCGGUGUUCUCGAUGUUCCUUACAGAUUUCGCUGCCAUCUUUCAGCAAAACCCGACUCAGGACGAACCGGCUUAUGCUUCCGUUUCUCCUGAUGAGCAACAUCAAAGCGCCGCCCGAUCGCCACAUCAGCAGACCUUCGCUGACUCGGCGGCCUCGAAUCACAAUGCUUUUGCUCAGAAUGCUACGUUGCAAGCACAGACACGGCCAGCCUACGAGCAGCAGUUGAGCCAUCCAGGAUUGGACCGAUCACAAUCGUAUGAAAGAGGAGGCUAUGUUUCAGAUCCCCAGCAACAUGCACCUCCGCAGCCAAUGUACCCGCCGCCGCCUCAACCACUACCUCCGAAUCCGCAGCAGCAGCAGCAAUAUGGAGGCUAUCGUGUAGUCGAGCCAGACAGCAACAUUGCGAGCGCCAAGCAGAAGCGUCGCGAAAGCGCCAUGAUAGGCUUGUUCUGA